AAAAGCAAAAAAAUGAAAACCACAUUAAUUAUAACAUCAGCCAAACAAGGGGAUCCCCACUUUACUAAGGAGGAAACCUAGGACACACGUGCAGUUAUGGUCCCCAUGUCGCAGAGAGGCACAGGCACUUUGAGACACUAAGUCCUGACUAGAGGUGAGAUCACGGGGGACAGGGGUUCCGAUGGGCAUCUGGCUGGGGUCUCCUCGCUUGGCCUGUGCCCUGCACUGCCGUCCUUCAUCAAGUCUGUAGCCUCUGGCUUGAGUCCCCCAGUUUGUGACUGCUACUGCUCCCCUCCCAGAAAAACCAGCUCUGCUGGAAAAGGUGCUGAGGGUGUGUGUAGGCUUUGUGAGCCCAAGCCAGGCUUCCAGGUGUUGAAGGCUUGUUGUUAUUUAAACUUCACCCAUGGAAAACACUAUAAAACAUUGCUGCUAUCAGCUCAAUUCUGCCGGCAGUGUCUUCCGGAAAGGUCACAGUGCCCCUGUGAGCCAGUGAGGAAAGGAUCUUAUAUGCAGCCAGGAGAGCUAGCGGGGAAGUAGGUGGUGUCCCAAUCACGCAGGCCUUCAGAGGAGCCUGCAGCCCAGCACUGCCGAGCCGGCACACCUUGGCUCCUGACCACUCACUCCGCGGUGCCACCGCAAGGGCUGAUGGCCCAAGCUGCCGAGUGUGGGCGGAUUCGGUCCUGCCUCGGGAGAUAACUAGUUAUCUAGCACCUGUCUGGGUAGCACUAGGCCCUGUGCCAAGCCAGCUGCUGGGUUUCUUGUGGUAGUGCAUAGGCGCUGUUCCCCUGUCAAAGCCUCAGAGCUUGAGCUGGAGACACACUCGAAGGGGCACAGCGGGAGCCAGCGGAGGCUCUGAGCCUCCAGGAAGGGAGCUGAGGUGUCUGAGAGGAGCCCCAGGCCAAACAGGACCUCUGACAAAGAUGGAGCAGCAGGCGGCCCAGGAGGAGGCUGAGAAGGGGCAAGGCGGGCUGUGAGAUGUGGGCUGCAGAGAGGAGCGCCAGGGGGAUGUGGCAAUAAAUAGCCUGGCUCACGAGGGGAACGCGCAGAGGACCUGCAGAGCUCUAACUGCGGAGGGCUCGGGUGCCCACCCCAUGGCCCAGGAUUCCCCGCGGCCAGAGGGAGUGGGCGGAGGGCACUGCCGGUGCGAUGAUACAGUGGCAGCACAGGCAGCAGGGAUGAUGGCAGCAGGGUCAGGACGCCGCAGGGCGGGAAGCCAGAGGAGCAGGCGGAACGUUAUGGAGGCCGGGAGCAGCGGGCAGACCUCGGAGGUGUGGCAGAAAAACAGGUGCAUUGCUGACUGCGGGCGCGCCAGCCCGGGUGCGAGGCCAAAGGCGGAUUUUGCCUCCCUGCUCGGUCUUGAAGGAGGAAAGGACCGGCCACGUUACAGAAAUGGGGCGCGCUCCCAGAAGCCUGGAGCCCGGGUUUGCCCAAGGCCAGCCGCGCCCUCCUCCACAGGCGCUGCUCCCUGCGGUGGAGGGACCACCGCCUUCCUGCUGGUGCCCAUCCUCCCCUCUGCCCCGCCUCCCACUCUCCUGCCAGCGACUUCAGGGUGACAGUCCCUCCCCGCGGGCAGGAGCCCUAGGUAAACCCCGCACGUGGCCACUUCACAUUACAGUGUGGGCUCCGCCCUCGCCCUGGUGCCCAUCCUGCCCCUCGAGCCACCUGUGGCCCAGUUUUCUUUUUCUGACCAGUCUUCUGGCCGGGACUUCGGAGCCCGGACCUGGAUCCUGCCACUGGCGGCCCCUCCCAAGCCUGGUUCCGUGCAGCUCCGGAGUGCACCGCUCCUCCUUCCCCAGGCUGGGCUCUCCCCCUGCUGUCUGUUCUUCUUCAAAAGGAGACCAGCACUUUCCGAACAGGAUAAGCAGCCGGGCAAUGGACUCCGGGGAAAUAUUUGACUUCAGCAAUAAAAGGAGAAACCAAAACAA